AUGUCCGAACUUAGCGAAAAUUACCAUCUCAGAAAAUUUUAUGUCGAAUCUGAAACCGUUCCAACUCAAAGCGUUAUGAAAGAGAGAAUGUCCACAUCUCUUGCUCAAGUUUAUUUUAAAUCAAUGUCGCCUAAACUGAAAGUGCUCGCUGGACUAGAACCUCCUAUGAAAGGUGGUGGUAGCGACUGGUAUGUGCCUCCAAAAGAAUUACUGGAUGGGAGGGUAGUCUUGAAACCCAUAAAGAGACAAUUUAUAACGAAACUAGGUUUCAAUGGUAUUGACUUUUUCGGUGAGAAAAUAGUUGAAGAGCACCAAAGACAAAUGGAAGAAGAAAAACGUAAAGCUCUCCUUGAAAACGAUGUAAAUUGGAAGCGGAUUAUAGAAGCUAGUUGCCGGCAACAAUGGGAAGAUACUUCUAAGCAGGAGUCCAAACAAAAUACAAUUAAGAUUCAGCAGGCAUUUCAGGAAUUUACCACUUUAUACAUGACAUCCAUGACCAAAAUAGAGGCUUUACUCUCCGAAGCAGCCACGAAAGAAAUCGAGCGUGUUAAAAAGGAAGCCUUUGAUAAAAUGACUUCUCAUUACGAAACGCUUCUCAAACAACAAGCGACUUUGUUAUAUGAUAGAUACGCUGAUAAACUUCUCAAAGAAAAAACUAAGCUAAAAGAACAGUUUAUAUUAGAUGUUGAAAAUUCAAGAACAGAAAUGGGAAAUCAAAUGCACGAUAUAAACUUAGAAAAACAUGUUGCUAUUGAAAAACUGAGGGUUGUGCUAGAAUGUCAAAAUUUAGCAUGCCAAGUUUAUGUCGCUUUGAAGGAGCGAGAGGAGUGCAAGAAAGAUAUGGACCUAUCGAAACACGAACAUGAAAAAGCAAUGGAAGUUUUAUCGGAAAAAAUCAAAAUGCAAGACUUUGAGAUCAAGCUUGAAAAGGAGAAAGAAAAACAGCGCCUCGAAUUCAUUCAGGUGUGGCAAAAGAAAAUUUGUCAUGUUGUUAAAAGAUUUCAAGAAUUUGUUACGUAUUGUUUGAAUACUUUGCCCGAAUAUGCCGAGUUCUUUAUCAACAUGGAGAAGUUUAUGUUGUUACAAUUGAGUGAAGCUAUUGAAAAUCCGAGCGUUCAGAGCAUGUUCGUUCCAGAAGAAGAUACCUUUCAUACGCCUAUUCCGAAGCCACACCCUUUUUAUUUGUUUUGCGACAAGGGCUUUAAGCCAAAGAUAGAACAGAAUCUUUGCCCAAAGCACUGCACUUCUAGCGCGUCACAACUCCCGGUAAUUAUUGUAAAUAAAAAAUGCAUCUACUCAGCUUGUGACAAUUUUGAAAUGUUUGCCGAAAAACUAAAACAAUUUCUCGAUGGCAGCCGCGGAAUCGAUGAAGACUUUAUUGAUGAUCAUGACUAUACAUACGAUAUUCCUAUCAAACCCACAAAAUCUGUCGAUCUUAAACAAGUGAAGUUACAGAGCUCUCUAAUGCAGUUAUUACAAAAUGAAUUUCCGAAUCCGAGGCAAGUUGACAUUGAAUGUUGCGUUUGUAAAAUACCAACCUGUUAUUGUGCGAGUUCACCCAAAAAAGUAACUGGCCUGUCUAAAGAAGUUUCAGAUGAAUUCAUACCGUUUAGAGGCAGCGGCCAAAAAUUAGAGUCAAGAAGUGUGGAAUUAGACCACGAACGUGAACCAAAAUGGGAUAGUUACAUAGACUAUAUAUUGCCCAAAAGAUGUUUCUGUUCUAAAAGAGUGAAAAAACAUUUGGAAGAGCAUCUUCCUGCGUACAUGCGAAAUAUGUCCGCUUAUGGCGCACCAGAGUUGCCAUUUUACGAGACUUGCAAAUUGGAUAGUUUAAAAAAGCUAGUGAAAAAAUAUCAAGGGAAAGAUUCACCUCUCCCGGAGGUCAUUAGGUUUGAAUCUAAAACUAGAGAUGUUAGCACCCAGUACAUAGACCAAGAAUAUGAAUAUUUGUGCACUUGCUUCUCUGACGAUGACGUUGAAAAAUUGUUCGAAAAUUUAAUGAAAGGUUCAAAAUUAUAUGAAAAAAUAGACAGGCCUAAAAGCAAGAAUGUUGACGUUUCGAUUUCCCCGUCGCACCUGCAGACCUGUCCGCGGUCCUUCGCUCACGACAGAGCACGUUCCUUGCGACGUUUGCUUGAAGAUGCGCCGGAAUUAGAAGAAAUAUUUAAAAAAGAUAAUUGUCAGUUCUUUUUA